AUGGGGGCAGUUCGUUUCGUGCAAAGCGAACUUGGUAGUACUAACUCCCUUUCUUUGCGUGUUUGGAGUUUGGAGGUCAAGCUUUCCCAUGUUGUGGGCCCAAAAUCUAGUGCCCUCAUACAGGAAAGGCCAUUCGAUUCGCACACAUUGACGUUGACUAUUUGCCAGGGGGUUCCGGCAUGUCAGAACCGCUAUCAUCAAGUUGCAAGCUGGGAGGUUUUGUUCACCUCAUUUCUUCAUCUUACUUGUGCCGCCCAAGCAAAGUGCAAAGCACUGGUCCAACAAAAGUGGGACUUGCCACACUCCGUCAGGCUGAAACUGAAUCUUUGCGCUUUGCGUCUGGGCCCCAGGCAACUUUGA